AUGGUUUGUGUGUAUGCCACUCAUGCCACUCAUGCUACUGAUGCUCUUCCUUCCCUUCCUCCGCCGGUGUACCCCCUCUCUGCCUCCCUCCCAAUCCCAUGCCGUUCCCCUGACUGCCUUGCUUCUCUCGCUGCCUGUUCCCCUGAUCGUCUUGCUUCCUUCCUGCCCGUUCUCCUGACUGCUGCCCAGUCUUCAUGUCUCUCUCCCUGCUUCUCUCUCCCUCUCCCCCCUCUGCCGUCGCUCGUGCGUGCAGCAGCGCUUCUCGCCUUUCUCCUUCCGUCACUCGCGCUCGCCAGCCCCACGGGGGAAGGUGAGGCCAGGCCGCGGCGCACUAUCGCAAUCUGCUUUGACCUCUGCUUUGUCCGCACAAGGCUUGUGUCUGCUGUUCCUGCUAUUUCUGCUGCAGCAGUGAGACCGCAACCUCUAGCUGCUGCUUCCAGUCAUGCUGCGCUUUGCACUGUUUUUUUUGGGGCCGAAAUCCCUCUAGCUGCUGCUGCUUGUUUCUUUGCCUCUUUCGUUCCCUCUCUCCCUCCCUCCCUUGCUCACACACUUUCUAUAUCCAUCAUUUUCCCUACUUCCGACCUCUUCUCUUUAUUCUUCGCUCUCUCCCACUUCCCCGUUCUCCCUCUCUUCCUUCUCUUCUACCCUCCUCGCUCCGCGCCUCCAACGACUUUCUCUGCAGCCCACUUCGGCACCACUCUCCAAAACCGCAGGCCCAUAUCGCGAGGCACGGCCCCGGCCUACACCAUCCAAUACGGUGCCGCCCCCAUUCCUGCCCUUUGCUUCCGCCUCCCCUCCUCUCCCCCCCUCUCUCCUUCCUUUCCUGCGCAUCGCAGGUCCAUAUCGCGAGGCACAACCCCGGCCUAUACCAUCCGCUUCGGUGCCGCCGUUGCUGGCGCCGACUCCCCUUCCAGCCACCUCAUCCUCGCACUGCCACGUGGCGCGCCGCCAUUGGUCCUGUGCGGGGACGGCUCUUCUGGAUCUGUUGGGUCUGCUGGGUGCCAGUGGGUGGCAACAACUCCGUCCGUGUGGGAGGCGGCGGGGGAGAGGAGAAUGAAAGGAGUGGAUGUUCGGCAGGGGAGGGCGCUGGAAAAAAUACUGAGGGGAGAUGAGGAGGAGAACGAGGAGGGGAAUGAGGAGGGGAGUGGGGAGGGGAGUGGGGAGGGGAGUGGGGAGGAUAUGACUGCAAGGAUGGGGAAUGAGGGGCAUGGUGAUCUGGUAGGAGCGCUUCGGAGAAGCCGCGAGUACAAUCAUGACAUCAUCAUUCCGCGCUACCCCCCACAGGACCCGCGCCUGGAAGUGCGGCUGGAGGGGGAAAUGGGGGAGAUGGGGGAGGGACUUGCAUUGGGCAUGCGCGGAGGGGCGUUUAUGCUGGGAGCUUUCAAGUAA